AACACCGGAUAGCAGAGCUUCAGUAACUACAACAAGUACACCAGCUGCAAAAGGUUCAAUAAGCUCAACAGUUCCAAUAGACACAGAACGUUUAGCAGCUCCAGUGGUUGUAGAAGCAGAACGUAGAAAAUCUUUGGGUCCCCAAACACUGGUGAAGCCUGGGCAGGACGUUCAGAGAGAAUCUUCAUAUAAUUCAAACAAUGGGAGACAUAUAGAGACUGCGACAAUUACGGAUGUUUCUAGUGCUUCAGAAACGUUAUAUGAAAAGUUAGAUUCAAAUACUAUUAAAAAUAUGAUCGUGGCUGCAGCAGUACUUGGAAUAAUAUUCUUCCUUUUUUUUUACAAUAAAGUAAUUACUUAUUAUUUUUUAAAAUAUAAGAAUAUUAUAUUAGAAGCUACAUUUUUAUUUUUUUUUAAAUGUAUAGUUAUAAGCUA